AUGAGGACUAUAGUAGCGUAUUCGGAGGGGAAACAAGCGGAGAUGGACCGUCCGUCACCUGUGACAUGCGAUCGUCUGCCGGCUUUUCCGAAAAUACCUUAUUUUAAUCGCACCUGGUCCGCUCACGCAUACUCCGAUUCCUGGCAGCGGGUCAAGGGAACUCCCGUUUCUCUGUACGCGGCGUACUACGACGAAAGGGCGCCGCAACGCUACGUGCGACUUCUUGCAAUUUUUCACGGUCGAAACAUUUCAGCGGGGGGAACCAUUAUAUUGUCAAACACGUCCUUUUAA